AUGGAUUCGGUGAAACCAUCAGCAGUGACUCCAUCUAAGAGUAAAUUGGCGCGUACUUUUGCUAAAGUUCUUCAUCUUCGAGCCGCGACUGGCAUUGCCCCGGUCGAUGGGAUUCAGAAGGUUAAGUCCCAACAAUUCGGUAUUCCGAAGGUCAAGUCUCAAGAAUUUGGAACUGCGAAGGGAAACUCCCAAGAAUUUGGAAGUCAGAAGUUUAGCUCCCAAGACAGUGGAAUUCAGAAGGUGAAAUCCCAGGAAAUUGGGAUUCAGAAAGUCAAGUCCCUAGAAAAGGUCAAGGAUGAAUGGAAUGCUGGUAAGGUUCGGGUUGAUCAGUCUCGGUCAUUUGACAAGGCUAAUGAGAAGCUUCAGGAAAGAGCUGCCCUGGAAGCUCUUCUUGCAAAACUGUUUGCCAGCGUUUCAUCUGUUAAAGCUGCUUAUGCCCAGCUACAGUAUGCUCAGUCUCCUUACGAUGGUGAAGGAAUUCAAGUUGCUGAUAAAGUGGUAGUCUCCGAGUUGCAGAACUUGUCUGAGUUGAAGCGGUGUUUCUUAAAAAAGCAGUUUGAUCCUUCACCAGAACGUACGCUGGUGCUAGCUGAGAUUGAGGAGCAGAAGAGUGUCCUAAAAACCUAUGAAAUUAUGGGGAAGAAGUUGGAAUCUCAGGUGAGGCUUAAGGACUCUGAAAUUGUAUUUCUUGGAGAAAAGUUAGAGGAAGCCAAGAGUCAGAAUAAGUUGCUUGAAAAGAGAUUAAACCAAAGUGGGCAGCUACAUGUGUUUGAUAAUCUUCAUUUAUCUGGUUUAAGUCCUAGCCAUUUCGUUACAGUUCUUCGACACAUGGUCAAGUACAUCCGGAGUUUUGUUAGGAUGAUGAUGGAUGAAAUGAAAUCUUCUGGUUGGGAUAUUCAUGCAGCAGCUAAAGCUAUUGACCAGGAUGUGGUUUAUUGGAAAGAAGACCACAAAUGUUUUGCAUUUGAAUACUUUGUUUGCAGGGAAAUGUUUGAUGCUUUUCAAUACCCCAACUUCUCACUUCCAAAUGAAUCGUUGCCAGAUAAAAGAAACAACAGCAACAGCUCUUCUUUGUGA